AUGUCAUCGCAAGAUCCUCUUGAUCGUUUCGUUAAAGGAUACCCGAAACUGGCUGCGCAGAUGGAGAUCCUACCUGAGCUCGCUAUAUUCCGCAGGUUUGGGGCUCUCAAUGCUCAGAACCUGUUGUACAUGCAGGCUGAGCUCACGUAUCUGGAGAACAAGCUACGAGAGCGGCAGCUAGCCGACCACAUUGAUCCGUCGGAAACGAGGAAAGCACAUGCACUGAAUUGGUUCUGGCUCCGUGAAUCCGAGAAAACUGGCACAGGUGAACAACUGGGAUUAAUCUUGAAGAUUAGAGAAACGCUCAAAGAGUACAAUGAUGCGUUAGCACAACAAGCCAAGAUUCUCAAGUACCCUCGGCCUAGCACUUGGGAUCUCCACCACAUCCAGAACUAUCUCCACUCUACGGAAAUGGGCGAGAAUGCGUUGACUGGAGAGGACGGUGAUAUUUGGGGCUCUGCCUGCCAUCGAGAAUCUUACAAGCCGGACCUGGUGACGCUAUGUCCGCGCGCAAAGAAGGACGCCUUUUCCGCAUGGGCUGCGGAGAGUACUAUCACCAACCUCUUCAGGUGUGGCU